UUCCUCCAGGAAAAACCUCUGUGCGGGAUGCUGGAUUCAAAUGGGAGGGUUCAACCCAUCGCUUGGAGAUAACCCCUCCUGAUAUGGAAAAGAUGAUGUCAGCAUUGCGCAUGAGUGACCUGUCCACAGAUGAGGAAGAGGUUUUGCGCAGCAAGAUCAACUCCUACGAAAAGAAGAUCGACAGUUUGAUGUGUGAAGUUGGGACGCUGAAGAACGAGGUGGAGCUAAAGAAAAGGGACAACUCCAUUGAGCGAUAUGAAGCACAGUUGGAAGCCUCCAAGCGAUUGUUGAACGCCAAGAGUGAAGUACUCCAUGAGGUAUCACAGGAACUGGUUGAGACAGAGAAUGAAAACACUCGUCUGAAGAGAAGCAUUGACCGCAUCAAGGAAGAAACAGACUUUAGUUUGAGGCAAAAACAGCUGCUGCAGCAAGAAAAGUCUCAUCUGCUUGCCAAGCUGGUGGAAGCAGAGAUGGAUGGGGCAGAAGCAGCAAGACAAGUGAACCUGCUUCGGGACACCAUCACUCAGAUGAAGCAGGAGAAGAGACUGAACACCACAGACAUGAACAUCCUCACCCGACAGAAGGAAGUAUUAUUGGAAAAGCUGAACACGUUCGAAGAGACCAACAGAACCCUGAGGAUUCUUCUCAGGGAGCAGCACAGCCGAGAGACAGAAACCCACCGGCUGUUGGAGCAGAAAGAGCUAUUCCUGAAGAAGCUGUCUGAUGCUGACACAGAGAGAGCUCAUCUCCAACUGAGGCUUCAUGAGCGAGACAAAGAGAUUGAAGAUCUGCGGGUUCAGCUGCAGACAGAAAAGGAUCUAGCUAGAACAUCCACUGAAUAUUCUAAGUCUUUAGAAACCACAAGAGCUCACUUACAAGGGCAGCUGAGGAGCCGUGAGGCUGAGAAUAACCGCCUUUCUGUUCAGCUCAGGAAUAUGGAGCACAAUGAAGCUCAGCACAAAGAAGAAAUGAAAUUAAUGACUGCUCAGUCAGAGGAUCUCAGGCAGCGGGUGGAGCCAGAGAAAGAAGCUCUGAAGCGAUCCGUUCGUGUCCAAAAACAUCGGGCAGAAAGAAGUGAGGGGGAAGUGCAGCUGCUCAACACACAACUUAUGGAGAAGAAUGCUGAACUUUCCGCUGCUUCGUCCAGCAUGGAAUCCCUGAAGAGCCGAUUCAACAUGCUAAUGAAAGAUAAGAGCCAGUUGGAGACUGAGGUUACCAUACUGAAUGACCGAGUGGCCAAGCUGCUGGAGGAGAGUCAGAACCAUGAAGACAAGACCCGAUCUGAGCGGGACUCUCUCCUGGACAGACUUCACCAACAGACUAUGGAG